UCAGGUGUACUGUUCAUCGAGUAUGUGCACUGCAUGCAUAGGCCUACAUGUAUUGGUUUCUAGUUUGCUACUGGAAACUCGCUUAAUUCUGCCACUGAAGUACCUGAAUUUUUGAAACCAUGGCUGUUGUUCGAGGGUUUCAUUUGAGUGCUGCAGGUGUGCUCAGCGCAACAAGAAGUCUUUUAUCAAUCCAGCGGUUCACUCCUUCUGCUCAUCGUGCCUUGUCAACGUCAUGUCUGUGUAGACAUGCGGAAACAGAGAGUGGUUCAAACAACAGACCAGCCAAGACGGGUGUGAUGCUGCUGAAUAUGGGAGGACCUGAGACAGUUGAUGAAGUCCAUGAUUUCUUGCUCCGUCUUUUCCUGGAUAAGGAUCUGAUACCGUUACCUGCGCAAAAUCGACUUGCCCCUUUUAUUGCCAAGCGUCGCACCCCCAAGAUCCAGGAACAGUACAAGAAGAUUGGUGGCGGCUCCCCCAUCAAAAUGUGGACCAAUAAGCAAGGCCAAGCGCUGGUCAAACUCUUGGACAAAAUAUCACCGGACACUGCGCCACACAAGUACUACAUUGGUUUCCGUUAUGUAAAGCCAUUAACAGAAGACACAGUAGCUGAAAUGGAAAGGGAUGGUAUUGAGAGGGCAGUGGCUUUUACCCAGUACCCACAAUACAGCUGUUCAACCACAGGAAGCAGUCUGAACGCAAUCUAUAAACAUUAUGCAAAGCAUCCUGAGUUGGCAGCCAAUAGUAGCAUGAGAUGGAGUGUGAUUGACAGGUGGCCCACCCACCCCGGACUCAUCAAGGCAUUCACGCAACUCGUCAAAGAUGAAUUGGCCAAGUUUCCAGAAGACGUACAGGAUGACGUUGUGAUAUUGUUCUCUGCCCACUCUUUGCCAAUGAGUGUUGUGAAUCGAGGUGACCCCUAUCCUGCUGAGGUCGGUGCUACCGUACAGCGGGUCAUGGAGGCCCUGGACUUCUCACACCCCUACAGAUUAGUGUGGCAGUCCCAGGUUGGACCUCUACCAUGGCUAGGUCCACAGACCGACGCCGCUAUCCAGGGUCUUAGUAAAAACGGACGCAAGAAUAUCCUGCUGGUUCCCAUAGCCUUCGUCAACGAUCACAUCGAGACACUCCACGAGUUAGACUUGGAGUAUGCAGAUGAAUUGGCUAAAGAGUGUGGUGUUGAGAAUAUCAGGCGUGCUGCUUCACUGAAUGACCAUCCAAUAUUUAUUGAGGCAAUGGCUGAUAUUGUGUCGACUCAUCUUGCGUCAGGUCGGACGUGUUCCACCCAGCUUCCUUUGAGAUGCCCAGUGUGUGUGAAUGCCGUCUGCGGCAAAACCAAAGAAUUCUUUGCCAAUCAACAGCUGUGAUUUCAUCAAUCUUAUACAAGGUGCAGUUUGUUUCUUAAAGAUGAACCUCCCUGCUAGUUUCAGAUUUCAGUACUGAAAAAUAUAUUUUGAUUUUAAAUUGCUAUUUUUUUUUUAAAGCAAUAUAAAAGUUCUUCAUUUAUGCAUGAGACAACUGCCAACAAAAAAUGUAGUGCAUGUUUAGUUAUGGAAUAAUUACUACAAAAUUAUUUGCAACCGAACAAUAAUUCAGUUCUCGUAGGGUAGACUGGUUCUGGCCCCCUGUUUAGAAUCAAUGUGGGGUGGGAACCAGUCUACUCACAGUGCUGAUCUCUUUGUGCCCCAAAACAACCCAAUGGAAACGACAUUUUGUAGAGGGUUACAGACACCCAUAUAAAAAACAAGGUGAUCCGCGGAUCGAGUGGUCGCCUUUUUUCGCGGUCGAUCCCUAAAAUUAAUGUAAGUUGUUUUCUUACAAAAAAAGUCUAAUUUUGUGCCUUUUUAAACAAUGACCUCAAAUGACCC